AACCAUUCAGUUCACCUGUAUUUGGGGAGUAUCGAAAAUAUGGCGGACGGUUUAAGUCAAGUGUUUGAAGGAAAGUUCGUGAUGUUGAAACGAAAAUAGUUUGAGUACAUCGUGAUCACAAAGAUAGAUAAGAAGAAGCUGGACGUGGGCUGGGAACGCUGGAAUUGAAUACUUUACGUUAUUUUCUUAAAAAGAUAACAAGGAAAUGAAAAUUUGGAUCGACCGUGAGAAACUAUUAGGGGAAGGUGGCUUUGGUAUGGUAUACAAAGGGAAGUUAUGGGAUAGUUAUGGUAGGAUAUUUAAAGGAAUUUUCAGAGGCCGUGAAGUGGCAGUCAAAAGAAUUCUAAUAGAUCGUGCCGACAAAAGAGAAGAAGAAGCUAUGCUGAAGUUAGAUCAUCCAAACAUCGUCAAACUUCUUCACUGUGAAAAGGACCAAGACUUUAAGUACUACGCUUUGGAAUUAUGUGAAGCUUCUUUAGAUCAACUUUUCCUGAAAUCGGAAGAUCCCAAAAAAUACAAGGGACCUAUGCCACGUGCAAUUGAAAUUUUCUAUCAAUUAGCUACAGGCCUGGCAUACAUUCAUUCAAAGGGAUUAAUUCAUCGAGACAUUAAACCGGAAAACAUCCUCAUUAUGCGAAAGCCUGGAAAAAUUGAAGAGAUAAUAAUCAAAUGGUCUGAUUUUGGACUUGCCAAAUCUGUAAACGAAAAGGGAUAUCACUCGUGGACUGGAGUGAGAGGAACCAAAACUUGGUGGGCACCCGAAGUGCUGGAAAAACUCCUAGGCGAAGAAAAGCCGGAAAACGAGGAGUAUUGGGGCAUCGUUAAGAGCGAUGUGUUUGUCCUCGGCCUCGUUUUCGGUUAUAUUUUCUCGGAAGGAAAACACCUGUUCGGUUCACAUGAAAAAGAAAUUCACGAUAACAUAAUUGGAAAAGAUCCCGUGAAUAUGAAGGAUAUUGAUGGCGAAUUGCGCAAAUAUUAUGAGGACGACUUACUAAGGAAAAUGUUGGAAUACGAUCCGGAAAAAAGAAUUAGUUCGGCAGAAGUCGUCAAACAACUGGCAUUGAUUUACAAAAAACUGGAAAAAAAAGAAGUAGAAUUUCUUCGACUUUGUGCUAAGGACUCAUCGCCUGGUCUACUUGGAAGAAUCAACGACUUUAUUCGCCUUGGAAUCGAUGUGAAGGCAAAAGACAUAUAUGAGAAAAGGAAUGCGCUCCAUUAUUUGUGUAAAUCAAAUCCAAGUCCAAAUUUAAUUGUCGCUAUUCAACUCUUAAUUCAACUGGGCAUUGAUGUAAUUGCAAAGGACUAUGAUAGACGGAAUGCGCUCCAUUAUUUGUGUGAAUCAAAUUCAACCCCAAAUUUAAUUGACGCCAUUCAACUCUUAAUCCAACUGGGAAUUGAUGUGAAUGCAAAGGACAGAUGGGGACGAAAUGCGCUCUGUUAUUUGUGUGGAUCAAAUUCAAGCCCAAAUUUAAUUGACGCCAUUCAACUCUUAAUCCCACUGGGAAUUAAUGUGAAUGCAAAGGACAGACAAGGAGAGACUGCGCUCCACCAUUUGUGCGCAUGCAGUUCAAGCCUAAAUUUAAUUAACGCCAUUCAACUCUUAAUCCAACUAGGAAUUGAUGUGAAUGCAAAGAGCCAUUUGGGAAUGAAUGCGCUCCAUUUUUUGUGUUUAAACAAUUCAAACCCAAAUUUAAUUGACGCCGCUCAACUCUUAAUCCAACUGGAAAUUGAUGUGAAUGCAAAGGACAAUGAUGGAAGGAAUGCGCUCCAUCAUUUGUGUCAAUCGAAUUCAAGCCCAAAUUUAAUUGACGCCAUUCAACUCUUAAUCCAACAGGGAAUUGAUGUGAAUGCAAAGGACAAUGAUGGGAGGAAUGCGCUCCAUUAUUUGUGUGAAUCAAAUUCAAGCCCAAAUUUAAUUGACGCCAUUCAACUCUUAAUCCAACUGGGAAUUGAUGUGAAUGCAAAGGACAAUCGUUCAUGGAAUGCGCUCCAUUAUUUCUGUUGGUUAAAUUCAAGCCCAAACUUAAUUGACGCCAUUCAACUCUUAAUCCAACUGGGAAUUGAUGUGAAUGCAAAGGACACAUUUGGAACGAAUGCUCAAACUUGUUUACGCAAUCGCCACUGGAUUAGGAACAAGGACGAAAUCCUAAAACUGUUCGACGCAACAGUUGUUUGAAUCAGAACUCGUUUCUAGGCCAUGCAAUGCACUUCGACGACGAAGAAUGAAAAUAAAGCGCCUGUCGCAUUCUCGGAAUUCUUUCAUCUUUUGCCCCUAGAAAACUCAAAUAUCCCGCUUUCUUGGCUGUAUUGCUCAGGCCGACGGACUUUCAAAAAUAAAAAUAAUGACUACAUCGCCAUAGUCUUAACAAUUUAUGACUCCUUUAGCCAUGUUGAUUGCGACUCAUUCGGCAAUUUAUAAAUUCGAUGUGGGCAAACGACUUAAAAAUAAAAGAAAGUAUCAAAGGAUAAGUCAAGUGAUUCAAUAUCGGUUCAAAUCAUUGGAUAAGUAUCUCAUUUCAUUUCAACCUUCUAGCAAACUCUGAAGGAACUGAUACAGGAAAACAAUCAGAAGAGUAAAGAACCUAAGUAUGAAAAAAUAAUCUAUCUCGAUGAUGAAUCUAUUCAUCAUAUCUCGAAUGAUGAAUAAAAAUACCCAAUUUUCUUCAUCUAAAAGGCAAAUAAGAAACCGCUUUUGCCGGUAGAGCUAACUGCGACCGUUGAACAAUUCAAUAUUCAACUAGUUAAAUGAAAGAAAUUUUCACGUGAAAACAGUAAGACCGUCAAACUUGGCAAUCCCGCGGACAAUCAAAUCUGUUCUUGCCAGCUGUGUUGCAAUUUAGCAAACCAUUGAAAAAACAAACAAACUAAAGAAAUUAAAAGCAAGUAAAAACAAAAAAACAUUGACAAAGGCUGUAAACACCGAUACAGAUUUAGCAAAUUGAAAAAGUGUGUAGUUCACAUCAACAACACAGCCAUUUAAUAAUACAAUUACUUAAAUAAGUUUUUUAACCCCUUAUACUAUAUGCUAUACUAUUCUAUCCAUUUGUUUUUAGCCAAAUCAUCUGCUUGUAUACAAUUGAUUUUACGAUUUUUUAAACGAGAAGACAUCUACCGAGCAAAUGCCACUUUUCCUGGUGUGACCUUCAAAAGUUUGGGGGAAAAAAAUGCGAAAAAUCAAUCAAAUCAAGUCGGCAAGAGAGAGUGAUUGUUUUUCAAACAAUUCUGCCAAGCCACCUGUUUCCCCAUUUCUGGCAAACGCAGGCCCCUUAAUUGUUCGUCAGUUCGAACAAUGCAAUGUCAAACCUCACUCUAUGGCGACAUCGAAGCAGAAAGGGAGCCCAAAAUGGCGAAAAAUGCCCAGAAAAAAAAAAAGGACUGGAAGAUAAGGCCGACCAUGAAUAGGCAAAAAAAAAGACGUAAUCAGUGCAUUCUUACACUGCAUCAUUUUCAAGGAUCUCUGGCAAAUCAAUAAAAGGAAAACAAAAAAAUAAACGGUUACAACUUGAAAAAAAUCACAGCCAAAUAACUGGGAGAGGAGAUGGGUCUAGAUUUUAGGCCCUUCAGAGAUGUCAUUGUACGAUGACACAUGCAAAACAAAAUAAAAAAAACUAGCUAAAAACUAACCUGGAAAUGGAGCAGAGAACUUCCUCCGUUACGAAUUGCAUUCAAACGCAGCACAGCCAUCGAUGAACUAUCUGGUUUACACUGGGCGAUUGGGUCGUGGUUGCUGCAUUCCCGUCGAUGGCGCCGAUUGUCCCUGAAAACUUUUGUCUUCAACACUGAAACCCUUACAAUACGGAAACAGAAAAUGAGACGAGUAGAAAGCGAACGGUAACACAUCCUUUGUGGCUGUCAGUUAAAAUGGCAAUGAUGAAACUGAUCAGUUGGUCAGCGCAAUUUGGCGCUUUUUUACCCUCCCCCUCCAGCUUCUCGACAGCAUUGCCAAAUCACGCUAGAAACAAAAUAAAACAAUUAAUCGGAAAAAGAUGGCAAUAGAAUUAUGAAAUGUUGGACUGAAUUUCAUACUGUGAAUUGAAAUUUAAAUUUUUUAAUAAUUAUUUAGUUAUUUAAAAAUUUCAAAUGAUUAAGAAAUAAGUUUCUGAGGCUGAUGAUUUUUUAAUGUAUCAACAAACAUCGUGCAUAGGCCAAACCAAUGUUACUGAACAGUUUUGUACUGCAGAGAAUCGACAACUAGGAAAU